UUUCAUUGGGGGCACAUAGCUUUGUUUAUAUUUUUAAAUUAGAACAACUACACUAAAUCCAAAGAAAAGUAAGAUUUUAUUGGGGGCAUGUGCCCCCAUUAAACAAAACGUACAUCCGCCCCUGACCAUAGAUGGCAAUGGGAAACACUGGUGGAAGCAGUCUUGCAAUUCCUUGAACAACCAGCUGCAUUCACAAUGUGAUAACGGUUCAAUACCAUUUUCAGUCAUGUUUGAGAAUUGCACGAACUUGAAGGUGGAAAACUUAUGGUUCAAAAAUGCGCAAAAAAUGCAUCUCACUUUAAAUAUAACUCGACAUGUUGAAAUCUCACGGAUCAAUAUUGAAGCUCCUUAUGACAGCCUUAACACCGACGGGAUUCAUAUAUCUAGGAGCCACAAUAUUAGUAUCACCAAUUCAACCAUUAAAACAGGUGACGAUUGUAUUUCAAUAGUGAACAGAACAUCAUCUGUUAGAAUUCUUGACAUUAAUUGCGGGCCAGGGCAUGGAAUCAGUAUUGGGAGCUUAGGUCGACUAGGUAAUCAAGAGACUGAAUCUGUUUCCGACAUUGUAGUCAAAGGAGCCAAAUUUAAAGGAACAAGUAAUGGGGUGAGAAUAAAGACCUGGCAGGGAGGGAAAGGAAUGGCAAACAACAUUACAUUUGAAAACAUCGAAAUGGAUAAUGUGAUGAAUCCCAUAAUCAUAGAUCAGUUCUAUUGUGCAAAAUUCGGAAUAGGUUCCUGCGAUGAGCAGAAAAACGCUGUAAACAUAAGAAGUGUCCUAUAUAAAAACAUAACAGGAACAAGUGCCAGUGAUGUGGCUAUAUUAUUCAACUGCAGCAAAACGUAUUCAUGCCAAGAUAUAGAGUUGGAAAAUGUGACAUUAAGUGGCGUAGAAGAACAACAAGAAGUCAAGGCUUCAUGUUCACUAGUUCUUCCAAUCAUUGAAGGAGAUGUCUCUCCACGUUGUGUUUGAGAUCGUCAUGCCACCGCCCCACUUCCGCUUUGAAUUUCAAUGCUUAAGAAUUUUUAGUAACACCCAUUCAUAAUUUCAUUCUUGUUGAAGUGAUGGACUGCCUCAACUUAUUGUCCACAUUUUAAUGUUGAAACUACUAUACUUCAAAUUCUUAUGUUGUUA